CAGGUAUUAGAAAUAUUUCAAAGUAUUAUUUUAAUAAGAAUGAAAAAUCUAAAAUAAUAUUUUUCUCUCAAAAGAAAAUCAAAAUGAUAAUUCUAAAAAAUAUUUACUGGUGAUGGAAUAUGCUAAUAAUGGUACCCUUCGAAAUUAUUUAAGUGAAAAUUUUGAAAAUCUUACUUGGAAUGAUAAAUUAAGUCUGGCAUUUCAGUUAGCUCAUGUUGUAACAUGCCUACAUGACGAAGAGAUUGUACAUCGUGAUUUGCAUUCCAAUAAUAUAUUAGUUUACCAAAAUACUAUCAAAUUGGCAGAUUUUGGAUUAUCCAAGAGAAUCGAAGAAUCAUUCAAUGUUCAAUCAAAAUUAUUUGGAAUGGUUGCUUACAUUGAUCCACAAAUAUUUAAUAGAAAAAGGGACGGCAAACAAAUAUAUACAUUAAAUAAAAAGAGUGAUAUUUAUAGUAUUGGUAUAAUCUUAUGGGAAAUAUCUAGUGGUCAACCACCUUUUAGUAAUGAACCAUAUGACGUUACUUUGGCUAUGGAAAUAUUACAGGGUCUGAGGGAGAAACCUAUUUCUAAUACACCUGGAGACUAUAUAAAAAUAUAUACUGGUAAGAGAAUUAAAUUUAGUCAUGAUCUAUAAUUAUAAUAUUGAUUAAUUAAAAGUUUAAAUAUUUUAGAUUGUUGGAAUAAUGAACCAGAUAAUCGUCCAACUGCCAACCAGGUGGUUGAGAAAUUAAA